GCAAAGACUAUGUGUGUAAUUCGAGCAACUCUUGGGACAGAGGUAUGAAUCCGACGUAUCUAUCGCGUUUUUUCUUCUUUGACGAUUGUAGAGCUCCAAUUUGCGGUUUUUUGCUUGUGUUUGCACUAAGGAGCUUUAAAAGAUGCAGUCUUUGGCACUGACAGAUUUUCAGCCUGAUUUGUAAAUAUUGCAUAAUGGUGUUUUCUCAAAGGUUUAACAAACAUGUACGAGUGGGAAAGGGGUGUUUAAGUAAAGAACAAGUCCUGUUUGUUUUCCUAAGAGCAACUUACCAUUUGGUUAUUAGUUGUUUUCAGAAUAGCACAUACUUUUGAUUCUGUAAGUUGUAUCUGGUUGUUUCUUUUCAGUGUAGAAUAAUGAAGACUUUCAUUCUUAUUUCUAUCUUUUAUAUCCUAAUAGAGGCUGUUUUCUGCGCUUCUCAGAAAUUUGAGAUUUUCUUCAUAAAUCUGGAUAGGAGAGGAGAAAGGCGAGUGGAGGUGGAUCAAGAACUCAAUUCUGUCUUCCCGAAUAUGACUCACCACAGACUGAAGGCGGUAGAUGCCAGGGAACUAAAUAAGGACGUGCUGGUUGAAAAUGGAGUGAAAGUGAUGGAAGGAUACCUGGACCCAUAUCACAAAAGGCCGAUGAAGAUGGGCGAGGUUGCGUGUUUCCUUAGUCACCACUCAGUGUGGACUGAAAUAUCCAACAGUAAUAUCCCACUCACUCUUAUUGUGGAGGACGACGUCAAAUUCAACCGAGGAGGAAAGGAGAACCUCGAAAAGCUUCUCAACGCAGUCAUUGAGGAAUUCGAGGAGAAGGGAGGGGAGCUGUUGUAUCUGGGACGGAAGCCACAAGCAGACGAUCUUGCGUGUGAUGACUGUAAACUUCUGUCCAGACCAGGCUACUCCUACUGGACAGUGGCCUACAUGUUGACUGCAGAAGGCGCCAAGAAACUCCUGAACACGAAGGUGCUGAGCCAGAUGAUUCCAGUGGACGAGUACAUUCCCAUGAUGUUUGAUCAGAAUCCAGAAUUUGAUUCUUGGAGUGAGCGUCUCUCAGAAACAGAGUUGGAGAGUGUACUUUUGAAAGCUUACUCUGCGACGAACUUGUUAGCAGAACCCAGAUGGUACCCCUCGGAUAAUUCGAGCUAUGUCAGCGACACGGAGUUGUCAGACAUCAUUCAUGAAACAUAGUUUAGCUGUGUUCUAUUCUGUUCGCCUUAUAAUUUCAAUAAAAGUUCACUUAUCA